ACCUCUGGUUCUCUGAUUAUGAAUUCUACAGCUGCGUUGCUGAGGACUACUGCACAGCAUCCAUGGACUGGAAGGAUAUCUUACAGUAUCCCUUAUCUAAAUGAGCUUGCAUCAACCAGUGUGGAUUUACUGGUUUCGGGUGUGCCACAGAAGGAUGAAUAUUCUGAAUAUUCUGAAUAUUCUGGGUACUACAAUUAUGAUUUGGAUUCAUCUGUAUUGCCCUGUCGUUAUGGAACUCACGGAGCUAGCAUCCUCCCUGUGUUAUAUUCCCUGUUUUUCAUUGUGGGCUUUCCGGGUAACAUACUGGUGAUCUGGGUAGUCUUGAUGGGUGUGAAGCUGAGAAGCAUGACUGACAUCUGUCUUCUGAACCUGGCUAUAGCUGACCUGCUUUUAGUCUGCUCCCUCCCCUUCCUAGCACACAGUGCCAGAGACCAGUGGAUCUUUGGAGAUGUUAUGUGCACUAUGGUUUUCAGUGUCUACCACAUUGGAUUCUAUAGUGGGAUAUUCUUUAUUGUUCUGAUGAGUGUUGAUCGAUACUUAGCUGUAGUUCAUGCUGUGUUUGCUUUGAGAGUCAGAACAAGGACAUAUGGGAUCUUAGCCAGUGUAAUCAUAUGGAUCAUUGCAGUUUCAGCAUCCUUUCCUGAGCUGUUAAAUCUCAAAACCACACAGAUGAAUAAUUCAACUUAUUGUACAUAUUAUCCAACAAAUAAUCCAGAUUCUAGUCAUUAUUCAAUGAUUAUUGGCAUCUUUAAAAAAAAUGUCAUGGGUUUAAUUCUUCCGCUUAUUGUGAUUGGAUUUUGUUACUCGAUGAUUCUGAUGAGACUCCUGACAGCUCGCUCUUCCAGGAGGCAGGCCAUGCGUCUUGUCAUCGCGGUGAUGGUGGUCUUCUUCUGCUGUUGGGCUCCAUACAAUAUUGCAGCUUUUGUGAGAGCCUUAGAGCUGAGUAAACAUAUAACCCCACCUUGUGAGAGCAGCAAGGCAAUCAGUCUAAGCCUGCAAAUCACAGAAGCUUUGGCUUACUCACACAGCUGUGUGAAUCCCUUUCUUUAUGUGUUUGUGGGAGAGAAAUUUAGGAAGCAACUUUUCAGACUCCUGUACAGGACACCCUUCAGCAGAGUGCAGUUCAUGAAGAGCUACAUUAUACAGGCCACAGGAUCUGUUUACUCACAGACCACUAGUGUGGAUGAGAGAUCAGCUACAGCAGUUUGAGUUAAAGAAUAAUUGGAAAAGGGAAUACAGACAAAAAAUGUAAUAAAAUACAUAAGUAAACAAGUAAAUCAAUCAAUCGAUCAAUCAAUUAAUAAAUAAAGGAUGUACUUGCCUAGUGAAGAUGAGGCCCAGAAUAGAUGAGGCAAGUUUAUAGAUGAGCAGUUUGAGUGGAAGUUUAAUCAGAAAGCUGUAAAUAGAUGAGGGCAAGCUUUGAACAUUGGACUGUUCACGUUAAAAACAAGGAUCAUACAAUGUCAUUUACAAGCCUCAUAGUGUUAUUUGUGCAUAUAUCUGUAAAUGUUUAUAUUUAUUUUUUAUAUGAUCAUUUAAUUUUGGGUUGUUUUCUGGCAACUAUAUGUACUUUGUAUUUUAC